AUGUCUUCGCCGCCAGUUAUGAUUGGGAGUGGUGCAAUGAGUGAGGUUUAUUUGGGAACUUAUCAAGGAAAAAAAGUUGUAAUAAAGAAAAGUCAGCGUGAUAUAGAUCUGUCAGAAGAAUACCAAAUUUACUCUAAACUGAAAGACCACACGAAUAUUUUAAAAUUCUAUGGAGUAGUACGAGAAGAUAGACAUAUAUAUUCGCUAGUAUUAGAAUAUGCGCCAAAUGGAAAUCUAUCAAGUUACCUAAAGGUUAACACAGUCAAGUGGGAAUGGAAAGCAAAAGUUUGCCGUGAUAUUGCACUUGGAUUAAUGCACUGUCAUGAUAAAAAUGUAUUGCACCUCGAUUUAAAACCCGAAAAUGUGCUAUUGAGUGCGUCUUGCGAACCGAAAUUGGCGGAUUUUGGAGUGUCGAAAACGAGAACCCAACUGGUUCUGGAUAAUAAUAAGGCGGGUGGAACGUUAAAUUACGUGGCGCCUGAACGUAUUUGUUGUGAAAAAAGGAUGCAGGCAUUUUUUGAAAACUUUCCUAAGCUAUCGGAUAUCUAUUCGUAUGGUUUAAUUCUAUGGUCAGUAGCCAAAGACGGAGAACAUCCAUAUGAUGAUCUGGAUGAUGAUGAAAUAAGAGCGAAGAAACGAUCACCAGAGUCUUCCUUACGGUUAACGGAGCAAUUGCCAAACACCACACCAGAGGCUUUUUCUCAACAGAUAUUUGGAUUAAUAAAAUAUAUUCCCGAUGAAAGAGAGAAACUUGCUACUGUUCUUCUUGAAUUGGAAGAUCUUUAUGACGACGACGAUGGACGGAAAAAAUAUGAUAUACAUACAUCAUGGCUGAAUCUGGCUAAGUAUUGCUUGGACUCUAAAAAAACUUUAACACCAUCACUUGAGCUACAAAGCAGCACACUCAAGGAACUUUCUAAUGAAGUGUUAGUAAAGCAUCUUUAG